AUGUACGACGCGGGAGAGUAUGAGGAUGAAUAUGGGAUUGACAGGAUGGAUUGGACGUUGGAUGAAUCUCUCGAGCACGCCCCUUUCUCCUUCUUCAUUAUCUCUCACACUAAAUACCACGCCCUUCGCCUCCAGGCACGAUCCCUUCGACCAGUGGGACGCGAAAUAUGCUCGAAUUUCACGUGCUGUGGUCUGACCAUCCCCGACAUACACGAUCUCCUCGCUCGCUUAGAAGACUCCCACGUCCUCGUCCUCUCAAAACAACACAUCACGACCGAUACGCAUUCCUCCUCCGUUCUCGCCUCGCAAACGUCUUCCCCAUUCCAUUCCGACCAGGACGACGAGACCUUCGUCCUCUCCUACCCCCAACCCUGUGCUCUCUCCAGUCCCAGCCCCGCUCCCGAUCUCACGCAAACCUUCGAAUUCCCCGACCCUAGCGUCUAUAUUCCCUCCGGCUCUCGUCCCUCGACUUUAGGGAUAAGCGUAUUGAUCUGCUUCCUCCGCCAUGCCGAUGCCGAUGCCGAACGCAAGCACCACAGCUGA